AUGUUGGGGUGGUAUCAAAAACGACCUGACUUCAUCGCCUACACCAAUCUAUUCUUCAUGAACCUUGAACCUUCCCUUGAACCCUUCCUCGAGCCGUAUCUACCGAGACAAAAUAACAACACGAGCUCUUCUAACGCAGACCAAGAUUCCAAGAACCAACAGUCAAGCCGCCGCCCUGAGACCUCCACUUCAUCACCAGAGCUCCCCUUCAUCACCCUCACUUGGGCUCAGAGCUUGGAUGGCCGCAUAGCUGCUGCUCCUGGAACACAGACCAAGAUUUCCGGUCCUGAGACGAAGGUGAUGACCCAUUACCAGCGCAGCCGACACGAUGCGAUCUUGGUGGGCGCAGGCACUGCUACCACUGACGAUCCGAAGCUCAAUUGCCGCUUUCCUGAAGUGGGCGCUCACUUUAUACGGCCUGUUGUGGUUGACCCUCGCCACAGAUGGAGAUACUCGAGCUCUACAGCUCGAAAGGUGUAUAAGCAGGGCGCAGGUUUGGCUCCUUUUGUUGUUGUAAGUGAGAGUGUUGCGUUAGAUCCUGAGGAGGUGGACAUUAUGGAGAAAGAUGGUGGUCAAUUCGUGCCAUUGAGCUUGGGAAACGACUUGGUUGCCAAUUGGAAACUCAUCUUUGGCGCAUUACACCGUUUGGGCAUCUCCAGUGUGAUGGUUGAAGGAGGAGCUUUUGUUAUAGAGUCGCUACUAGCACUGGCCCUUGCGGAUUCUAUGGUCAUUACCAUUGGUUCUACAAUUCUAGGACGUGACGGGGUUGCUGUGUCUCCUCCUGUUUCGUUGCAACUACAAGACGUCUCCUGGUGGAAGGGACGACACGACAGUGUGAUGGCCGCGAGACCAAAACGCCCAUGA